CUCAACUCAACCGGAAGAGUAUAUGUAAACAAAGUAGUUGAGAUUUAGAAGUAAAGUAGACUGUUCUCUCCUAGUGUUACUGAAACAGUUUCUUGUAUUCCAUUUUAUAAACGAUGUAAUCUAAUUAACGUUAGACAGACUAAGUGCUAAACCUAUUGAUUCAACGAUCUCCGUGUGUCGACAACAUAGAUGGAUUUCUUGCCAUCUUGCUGCUAGCUAGCGUUAGCUAAACGGCUAAUCUCACUGCGCUAACCAUUAAGCGUUAAUAAGCGACCAGCACCAAUGCCUCAAGAGGGAGAGCAGUCUCUUCCCCUGGUUCGCUCCCUGAGCACUCGAAUACCGAUUAAUGCUGUGUUUCGUAACCUCAGUCCCCGUGUCGUACGAGCACUAUGGAUAGAUUACCGCGGAGAACCCCGGGCGUACGUUGAUUUACAGCCAGGAACGCGACAACCAGAAGUGUCGACUUUUAUCGGUCACCCAUGGAUGUUCAGAGAUGCAGAGACUGAUGAGCCACUGAGGGUGAACUGCAAAGAACUGUAUCUUCCUAAACCAGCAGAGGGUAGACAUGCUAAUAUCACUUUGCCAGUUUACAGCCUCAAGGAUCGUGCUCUUCAGGUUAUUCGGCGUCUGGUACGAGCAGAAGACUACAGGAGGUUGGAAAUAGCACGGUGUCUCCAUGAGGAGCUGGAAGAUCUGCCCAGUGUAUUGAAAGAUCUCCACCGCAUGAACCAGCGAGUAGAGCAGCAUCUGCUGGAGAGGAUUCAUUGCCAGGAGGAAUGAGGCAUGAAACUGGAUGGAUAAUGGUGUUGUUAAUAUUCUUAUUGGGAAUGCCUGAGAUAAGGUGAUCUUAACCAAUUCAGUUUACUGCACAUCUCCUCUCAAAAAACAUCUUACUUUGUUAUUCUAGCAGUUUAAAGACUGAACUGUUUAGCAAUCCUCAUAAAGCUUUUGCUUUGGCACUUUAAAUCUGGAAAAGAUGGAGUGAUUAUGGGUGUAUUUCCCAAGUUGUCCUAUUCUGGUGAAUGUAGACUUUUUGUCAGAAUAUACCUACCACCAUAAAUGGACCGAGUCUCUCUUCUAACAUUUUGUCUUGCAGCUGAUUUCCUAUGGUAAAAAACAAAACAAUUAACAUUGUCUUUGCAUUUCUUAAGACUAGGCUGUAAAAAAA